CAGGAAGGGGCCGUGCUCAGUAAGGAGCCCGUCCAGGGAGCUACAGCCUGGCCCUCCGUUGAGCCAAAGCACCACAGGGCUGCUCUUGGGAUCCUUCUGGGACUCCACAAACCUGGAGGGGAGUCAGGCUAGGGUGAGUGCGGGUGGGGGGGCGCUCCUUCCAGCCCUCCCCGCUCCCAGACUCCGGCAGGGGUCUUAAGAACCUCCCGUCCCCCCACUCUCUCCCCUGGUGGGCAUCGCCGCGCCGCUCCAAACCCCGCCCUGGGAGGCAGGGCUGCAGACCAGUAGUGCAGGUGCUUGGAGCCGGAGCCUCGGAGGUAGCCAGAGUACUGGCGGAAAGACGGCUGUUUGGCCAGUCCGGGCAGGCACUGGAUCUCGUCCUUGUCGGCGGCUGCCUGGCUUCGGGGCGCCCAGGAGAGCAGCAGCAGCGGCAGGAGGAACGGCGGCGACAGCGCGGCUCGAACCAUCUGCGGCAGGAAGCGGGUGCCGGCUGUUGACUCGCUCCCUCCCUGGCUGCUCAGCCGCCGCUGGGCAGGAGCUGGCGGCUCAUCCGCGAGGGAAGCCCCGGCCCAACCCCGGCUCCCCCUGCCGCCUCCCUUCCAGCCUCCAGGAUCGCUUCCAGCCUCCGGAUACCCCUCACCUCUGCUCCCCCGCGUCCUUGUUCUUCAGGAGGUGCCCCGGGACGGGAAGUCAUGUGUAUCUCGAGUCACGUGUGCUCUGGCAUCAUGUGAUAGUCUUCCUCCCGCCCUUCCCCGGUCCCUGGGGACCCGGGGUGGGGGUGGGGGUGGGGACCGAGGGAGCCGUGGCGUUGGCGAUUCAUGCUGGGUGAAGGUCCGCAGGUCGUAUCCCGGGCGCCGGUCAGAUGACCGGGGUGUGGAUGGCCAGGCUCCUCCAGCCUGUCGGGGACCCCGUCGUAGGCUGGAUGGCUGAGCAAGCGGCGCUAGGACCCCCGGGCAGAGCCUCGGGGAAGGGAGUCGGGGUGGGGGCAAUACCUUACAUGGUGUUCCCGCUGUCACUGAACCCUCUGCCCAAAAUAGCCCCCAGCGCCCGCUGGCUGGCCCGCCUUAUGGCCGGGAGAUGGCUGCUGUCUCCAACCCCAUGGAACUGGAUGCGUCCUUGGGAACCGCGCGCCCCGAGCCCCCUCCCACCCGCUUCCACUGGGUUCACGGUGCCAACAUCCGUGUGGACCCCUCCGGGACGAGGGCCACACGCGUGGAGAGCUUCGCCCACGGCGUUUGCUUCAGUCGCGAGCCGUUGGCCCCCGGCCAGGUGUUCCUGGUGGAGAUCGAGGAGAAAGAGCUGGGCUGGUGCGGGCACCUGCGCCUCGGCCUGACUGCCCUGGACCCCGCCAGUCUGGCCGCCGUGCCGGAGUUUUCGCUGCCCGACCUGGUCAGCCUUGGCCACACUUGGGUCUUCGCCAUCACGCGCCAUCACAACCGCGUGCCCCGGGACGGCCAGCUGGAGGCAGAGGCUGUGGCCCCCAGCCGCCCCGCGGCCCUCCUGGUGGAACCGUAUCUGUGCAUCGAGCAGUUUCGCAUUCCCCGCGACCGCCUGGUGGGCCGCAGCCGGCCCGGGCUAUAUAGCCACCUCUUGGACCAGCUCUAUGAGCUGAACGUGCUGCCUCCGACUGCGCGCAGGAGCCGCCUGGGCGUUCUCUUCUGCCCGCGCCCGGAUGGCACAGCUGACAUGCAUAUCAUCAUCAAUGGCGAGGACAUGGGCCCCAGCGCCCGGGGGCUGCCAGCCGCCCAGCCCCUCUAUGCGGUGGUGGACGUCUUUGCCUCCACCAAGAGCGUGCGCCUGGUCCAGCUCGAGUAUGGCUUGCCAUCCCUGCAGACCCUGUGCCGCCUGGUGAUCCAGAGGAGCGUGGUGCACCGGUUGGCCAUCGACGGGCUCCACCUGCCCAAAGGACUUAAGGAUUUCUGCAAGUAUGAGUGAAGACCUGCAGCCACUCUGGAGCAGGGCCACAGGAGUGCAUCCCGGCCCUAGAGGCGUGGCUGCUCUGAAGUUGGCCAAACUGCUGCCAGCUAGGAUAGAAAUAAACAGAGGAUGCUGACACUGACCCUGGGAGGGUUCCCUUGCCCCUGAAGCCUGCGAGGGGCACUUCUUUUACAAUCACUGGGAGUCAGUAGGUCAGAACAAGAGAGUGCAUUUUGACAUCACCUAGACAAGUGGUUCCUAGCCUGGAUACUCAUUAUCUGGGAUACCCAGCAAGCUGCUGCCCUGAUCCCAUCUCCAAGACAUUCUCAUUUGCUUUCCUGAAGGAUUAGGGCUAGCCACUGUUUUUGUAAAAGCUCCCCAGGGCUGAGAAGCAUUUUUAUAGAACAGAGGUCUCAACUUUGGCACAUAUUAUAAACCACUUGAAGAACUUCAAAAAACACUUA